AUGGCGCGCGCGCACCGGAACCGACGCGCGAGCGAGGUGAAGUGGACGCUCGCGCUCGCGUGCGCGCUCGCGCUGAGCGCGCGCGAGGACGCGAGCGCGCGUGGGGGGGGCGACGGCGCGCGGGGUGUUUUUAAGGAUGGACGAAUACGUCGAUUUGUGCGCUCGAUCGGACUCGCGCGCGGCGCGAGCGCGGCGUACGGGGAUGUAUUGACGCCGUGGGACCCGAGGGAUGAGUCGAUCGUCGCUCCGUUGCGGUGUCAACGCCGAGCGGUGUUCGGGGAGUGCGUCCAGGAGGUCGGGUGCGGUUGGUGCGACUCGCGCGGCGUGGACGGACGCAAUCCGACGUGUUACUCCUUGCUCGACGUGGAUCUGUGCGCGUCGCACUUGGAACCGAUUUUACGAGCGCCGGUGAGGGUGGCGGGGACGAAUAGGGUGACGAUUCCGUGCGACCCGCGGUGCGCGGCGAUUGGCGACGAGCAGCACUGCGCGUCGACCACCGGAUGCGGAUGGUGCGCUUCGUCGGGGUCGUGCAUGAGUGGAAGCGCCGCGAAUGGGCCUUGUGUAGCGUGUGAUUCGGGGUGGAGUUUCAGCGCGGUGACACCGACGUGCCCGGGGGCGUCGAGUGGGACAAACUGUAACGAGUGCGGGUGCUUGAACAACGGAACGUGCGCGACGACGAGCAAGGAGUGCAUCUGCAACGAUGGGCACACGGGUAGCUUGUGUCAGUACGAUACGACGACGAACGGGGGGCGCGACGCGUGCCACGGGCACGGUACGUGGAACGCGUCGGCAUCGGACUGCGAGUGCGAUCGAGGAUACGUCGGCGUGGGAGACAACCGCUGCAAAUUCGCAUGCAUCGCCUCGGAAGAUUGUAACGGCCGGGGCUACUGCUCAGAGUUGGAUGGUACGUGCGUUUGUGACGUGGGUUGGGCCGGUGCGCGGUGCGAAUGCCAUUCGAGCGCUUUGACAAGUUUCCCAUAUCCGGAUCCGCUGUUGAACGCAAACAAGACGGGAUGCUGCGCGUACGGAUUUGAACAGUGCCCAAAGGGAUCGAUGAAUGAAUAUCACUGCGUCGUGGCCCCAGCAGACGCGUCAAAGUGUCCGGUCGAGUCAUCAGACGACGGCACGCUGGUACUAAUGGGCAUUUUACUGUUUUUUCUGGGCAUGUACCUGGCUGCGGCAAUCAUCGCAGCGUUGGCGGGCCACCCAAAUCCGACGUGCACCAUCGUGUGUCGGCUGCCCACAAUAGUUCGACUUCGGGAUUCACUCUUCAUGCGAAACCCUGAGGACAUUGAAGAAGUGCAGACCAUCACGUUAACGUGCAAGCUGACGGAUAACUUCCUCAAGGUGAAGCGCAUGAUAUGUCGUCGUCUCAAACAUCAACCAGAUCCGGAAUCGGUGGACCUGUUUUACUUAGGGUGUCUCGUCGAUCCAGGAUGGCGAUUGGGAGAUGGCAUCAAUGUGGGUCAAACUUGCCACGUGCACUUGAAGCUACGAGGUGAGCAGCAAACGGAGGCCUACACGGAGAAGAAGAAGUGGUGGAAGCGCCUGAGAUUUGUUUUCACCGAUAACUUGAUCAUGCUUUUAUCGUACACGUUCUUCUUCCUGGUCUUGUUCUUAUGCGCUACGACGUUUCCAUGGGAUAGUAAAAGGCCUAUUGCGGUACCUAGCCCGCCGCCCGCGCCGUCACCUCCGCCUCCACCGUCACCACCACCACCGCCAUCACCUCCGCCACCCGUUGUGCAAACAUUUCCUCCACCACCGCCGGCGAGCUGGAUCGAAUGGUUGAAUCUGCAAAACUCACUAGGUGUGAACGAAACGUACGGUACUAAUUCGUCGUAUCUAUCUAUGGCGGAUGUCGGGUACAUUCCCGCCAAUAUAUCGGCUUUGACACAGAUCACGACGAAUUAUGGCACGCAGCUCCCCGUCACUGGGAACCACUCCGGAAACAUUGUCAACUUUUACACUUACGAGGACGCGCCUCUUUGGCAACGGGAGCUUCCGUUAUUCACCGACAGCAAAGGUAUUCCUUUCGUGGCGGACAUAUUCGUCGUGUGCGAUCCACAAAAAGCUGUUGAAGCGAACUUCAAAGUAGAUAUGCAGUCUGGUUACGGGGUGACGAGCUAUCAACCGAAACCAGAUGAGAACGGCCUAGAUGUUUUUACUUACCGCGGUCUGGUCAGUAAAGAAGUCGCCGACGCUUUGGGGCUCAUUGCCGACGGGACCGUUGACUGUAGCUCGGCUGUUCUGCAGCUUUACAACAAUUCGUGCUUGACAGAUAUUUACGAGGUGAGAGUAGACAUCGCGAAGCGUAAUGAUUACCCCGUCGCAGCGAACGGGCAAGAUGUGUUGAGUUAUGCAAAUUCAGUGGAUAUGAUUGAGAAGCGCACGAGUGGUAAUUAUUUGUCGACGAAUAGUUUCUUGACGAAGCCAAUGGUCGCAUCCGACAUCGACAAUGAUCAGCUCACUUGGACGAUUCAGAAGUUGCCUCUUCACGGCACACUCGAAGUUCCUGUAACGCGCGAAUCGACCUCAAGCACUUUCACUUACGUGCCGGCCAUCAACUUUACGGGAUAUGAUUAUUUUGUCUAUUCCGUGGAUGAUCGCUUGAAUAACCCGACGCAGACGUUGUAUGACGUAGCGAGCGUAAUGGUUGUCGUCGGCUCGGGUGGCGCUCCCGAGGCAAUUGACACGCACUGGUGGGUUCUCGAAGACCACGUGAUGACCGGUAGGUUCGCGCGGACGGUCAUGAAUAGUUCGUAUGCUGGAACACUUAAAUACACUGCGCGAGAUCCCUUCAAUGGCACGAUGCAAUGGUUGUGCGACGUCAACGGAGAGCACGUCGAGACUGAGUUUUCGAACUGUACCAAUUCUGCGAAUGAUGACAUAAACAACAAAUUUAUGUGGUUCAAGUACACACCAAACGCAAACUUUACUGGCAGUGAUUCAAUUCACUUUUCGAUUGCGUCGUCUCUCAACUUAAACACUACAUCAUACUUGAGUGAAGGCAUGGUGAACAUAACGGUGAGACCAGUAAACGAUCCGCCGGUGUUGAGUAACAUGAAUGUGCAAGCAAUCAUGAAUAGGGACCGUUCCUCAGAUAAUUUGGGCGGCGCUGACCUGACUCCUAUCACGUUCACACCGUUUGACGUCGAUGCCGGCCCUUAUUUCAAACUCUUUUUAACAUGGAAGCCCAUCAUGACGCAGAGUGACUGGGCGACGAGGAGCCGCGGUCGUUGGUUUUUGAGCGUCGAUAGGUACGGUCGUCCUUUGAACGAGCUCUCGCACGGACAGCUCGAUCAGCAGGGCAUCCAGAGCAAUUCAAGUAACAUCACGCUGUACUACCUGCCACCACCGUUUUUAUAUGGUGAGUUUUCGUCAACAACGGUCGCUCGCCCGAAUCCGUUGGAAAAGUACACAAUGCGGGUGGUGGAUGAUGGUCGCCUGGUCAGUAACGAGGCGACGCUGAACAUCCACGUCGGGUGCUCUAAGGGCUACACGAUGCAACCAAAUCCAAGCGCUACCGGCCUGGCGCUUACAUACGGUAAGUGUCAAGAGUGCCCACUCGGGCACGUUUCUGACACGAUCAACGCAAGAGACUGUCGCGCCUGCCCACGCGGUCAGUACGGCGGAACGGUGCAGAGAGGGACGUGCUCUCGGUGUGCCAAUGGCUAUUACUCAGACGCCCCAGGCAUGGCCACGUGCACGAAGUGCCCGGCGGGUAGCACAUCUGUUCAGGGAGCUACAUCGCGAGAUCAGUGCUUCUGCAGCAUUGGUUGGUACGGCGUCCCAGGUUACUGUUUCCCUUGCCCAUCAUACAGCGAAACGUUUGGAGCGAACGAGAAGUGGACCUUUUGCGCUGAGACGAACCUCACAGUGCCUUACCCUCAACCGGGCUUCUAUGUUGUAUCUCCGGAAACGCGUACGUAUAAAGAACCGAUCAGUGUUCGCCAAUGUUUUCCAGCUACAGCAUGCCCAGGUGUCAACGGAAUCGCCGGUUCGUGGCAAGUGGACUCCAUCGCAGCGGGUGGAACUCGAGCGGAUAGCGUGGAGUGCGCGGAGGGCUACAUGAACGACGGAUGUGAAUCAUGCGUGAAGGGAUUUUAUCGUCUCAAUGGGCAGUGUUUGAAGUGUGGUUCGCAGAUGUCACACUUGCUUUACGGAAUCGCUCUUGUCUUAGUCGUUGUGGCGGCGCUCAUUAUGCCAUGGAUUUUCGAGGAAUCGACCAACCCCUCAUACAUCACGUAUUCGCGCUCGCUCGGGCUUGUGGUCUUUUUGCAAGAAGUUGGCAUGAUCGGUAGAUACAACCUCGGCUGGAUGGACUUUCCGGGAUUGACGUUAGUCCUUCAACUGUGUUACGUGCUCCAGUUGAACCCAGAAGUCAUCGGCCUCGAGUGCGUCUCAGACUACGACUUCAUUCGCAGAUGGAACUCGUUGAUGGCGAUGCCUGCUCUUGGCCUCCUACUGAUGUACGGUACCGCGCAACUGUACGCUUACGUGUGGGGCAAGUUUUAUAUUAAGCAUAAGCCAGAGGUGUCGACGGUUCGCGUCGGCCAGCGCCGAUGGGUGAGAAUGUUGAGGAGCAUUUUGAACGUGAUUCAGAUCACGUACAUCGCUGUGGUCAUCUCUACACUCGACUUUUUCAUCUUCCACCGCUCGGUCACAGAUGGUCUUGGGUACAUCAGAGCGCAGCCAAGCUUGAGAUUUGGUUACUUUAAAUCCGAAACGGGAAGCACGCAGUGGCAAAAGCUCUUCCCUCUCGCGCUGAUAGCUCUCAUCGUCUAUCCCAUCGGAUUCGUCGUCAUCAUGUACUCAGUCAUCACGUUCGCACACGGCGGUUGGCAUAAGCUAUGGAAGCGAGAUCUGAUUGGAUUCGCCACUUAUACCUUUACGGAUGAUUACGUGACGCAUCGAGUGAUGGAUAUGUGUCGAACCGCGGCGCUGUGUUUCAUUCAGCUCCUUGGAUGGGAGCUGAGCGAUGGUAACGGCGUCGUUCAGGCGCUCGCUGCUCUCCUCGUGGUGAGCGGCGCUGUCUUGAGCAUGAUCAUUCGACCUUUCAAAAUGUCAGAGACCAAAAGAUAUCUUAGUCUGCAUCUGUUCACGUUGGUACUUGUACUUAUGCUGUCAGUCGUGUCCAUCGCGCCGGUGUCCUACAUCAUCGAUCAGAAUACGAAGACUGCCUGUCGACACGCAGUUUGGCAAACCAUAUCCGUCGCCGUCACCAUCUUCGUUCUCAAUAUCUUGUAUGAGGUGUUCUCCGAGACAGACCUGGUGAAGAGACUUCGCUGGAGUGUGGUGCGCUUCCAAAAGAACGCCAUUAUUCGCAUGUGUGGCCUUUGUACGCGCAAUAACGGUUCAAGUUGGUUGCGUUCGAGAGACUGGGAGGCGUGGGCCCCGACGCUCACCCUCCUCAAACCCAGCGCGGGCGCCAUCUUAAAGCUUGAAUCAGCCGAGGGAGAUCAGGGACGGCACUAUAGUGGCGAAUUCGAUGCGCAACAGCGUAUGGAGUUCGCUCGCGCCAUUCGUUCGCUCUGGAGACACAAGGAAGUCAUCAAGCGCGUGGGCUCUCUCGACAAUAAAGCCAAAUCCUACUACAAAAUGCUCUCCGCGCCGCUGCGCAGAUAUUUGAUUCGUGCGGCGUCGGUGGAAGAUCGAGAUCUAAAUCGUCGUGUCACAUUUUUUAUCGAGCAAAAAAUGCUUGAGAAAAAGUACGACUACUACCGCAAGUACUACCGUCAACAGCAGAAGGAUUUGAAAGGCGACAGGGUGAACUUAAAUCCCCCUGUCGAAGCAUUUUUAUUGCGCAGUGGCGGCAUCGAGCGAGCCAAGUCGAACAGGACGACGGAGCAGGAAGAGAAGGAUGAGCGCUUACAAUUGGACGACUUUGACGCUCUGGCAGAUACCGGAUUCAAGCAGAAACGAGCGUUACAAACGGAUUCAAACGAAGCAGCCGAUUUGGAUGAAGAGGAGCUUCAUUUCCAAACCGCUGACACGUCUGGUCGAACGCACUUCGUUCGCUUCCAAGGAUACUUUGGCGAUAUUCAUCCUGAUUGGGACGCGUACGACGAAACUCUAGCGAAGAUCAAAGCGGAGGAUAACGACGAAGAUGGCGGUGUCUUGCCGUGGCACCUGGAUCUCGAGGACGCACACGACGACUUCUGCUGCCUAUGCGAGUGCGAACCGGGAGAGCGCUGUCCUCGCCACGGCAAUCUGUACGUUCUCAUUAUGCAAGACGAAGAAGAAAAGGCUAGGCUUGCGGCGGAACGCGAGCGGCACUUCCGAACGAGAGAGACGAUCAUCAUCACAGAAGAAGAUCCCGAUCGCAAUAGGGAUUUGGGAUGGAACGUGCGUGUACCCGUCCGUCUUGGGGAAGAAAUUUCCAGCGUGCACACAAAGCUAGCAUCCGAGUUGCGGGACAUGCGCGACCGAGGUGAGUUCGCCGCAGAAGAUGAGCUCCCUGCUGUCACCGGCAGCCGAUUCGAUAUAAUUCACAAGAAUAAGAUUCUUGAUAAGCACCAUACGGUGCGCGACGAGCACCUGCAAUGGAAGGCGGAAGUUAAACUUGAGAACCGUCAAGGUGAUCUAGCGAAAACAACUGCCUGGUUGAUUCUUCAGGAAGAAGAUGAAGACGAAGAAGAAGACGAAAGAAUGCACGCGCGAUCCCCACUUGAAGAGCAACCAGUGAUGGAAGCUGCGCCGAUGUUGCCGGGCGUCUUACAAGAUAACCCGGGCAUGGCUGUUGGCGACUUGCGCCGGAUGCUUGCCGAAUCGAAUUCCAAGCCGCAUGAACGAGCAAUCUUGCGCUCUCGUAAAAGCGGCAAGGAGUACAUCAACGACCUUCAUCCGCUCACACGUAAGAAUAUCAGCAAGCCAUCGGACGUGUUGAUAUCGUUUGAACCUGAGGACGGUAAUUACUACGUAUGGAGUGAGAUUCGUAACCACUGGACAUUCUUGGAGGCGCUGUUCAAGGUAUACGCUUCACUCCCGUCUGGGCCAGGAGGUAACGAAACUCGUGGCAAAUCCGAGCAUCUUCUACUGAUGUCAUAUCGUCAGUUCAUGUACCUCACUUCGAGCUGCGAGAUUGGCGCAAAACUUCCCAACGCUCAGUACAAUCAGCUGGCUUCUGUCGUACGCCAAAUCUUUGACACAGUCAAGGACCAGACGUUACUUGCGAAGUGCCUGACACUUGAUCGUGACGAUGGUUCGGUGGAAGGAUCAUUGUGCCCGAGCGAGGGAGCCAGACUUGAGCUUCGUAUCUCUCACGGGUGGGGCAUGCACUUGGACGAAUAUCUCACAGCACUCGUCUUCAUGGCGUGGCUGAUAUAUGGUCAUCGCGUGCCGAUGACAGACAGAGGCGUUGCGCGCGCCACUCGCUGGUUGAUCGAGCGUAUUCUGCGUCCCAAGGCGACUCAUCUCGUCGAAGCGUAUGAGGCGCAAGCGAAAUACAAUGCGGCCAUGAAGAAGCAGGGAGGCAAAUACUCAGAUGCGGAUAUUCGCGCCGGCAGCCACGUCUAUAAAACGUUCACCACUGAGGACGGCAUGAACGUCAGAGAAUUCAAAACGGCUGCAAUGUGGGUCCUCGGUGACACCAAUCCGCUCAACAGAUUUGGCGAGCAAGUGUUCCACACGUACGUCGAUCAUCGUUCGUCCACUCCCGAAUGGGUCUACCACGGAGCGCGACACGGCUGGGUCGCGCCGAUCGACGAAAAGCCCGAUGGAUACGUGUGCUGUCAGCAUGCUCGCCUCCCCGCUACAAAGUUUAUGGCCGCGUUUGGCGAUAUCUGCUUCCGAUUCAAACCGAACAUGACGCCAUCCGAGGCCCUUCAAGCGGCGACUGGCGAAGCGCAAGAGAGGAAACCAUUAGGGGAGCCUAAAAAUAUACAUGCUGUGAUCGAAGAGCCAAGCGAAGAAGCAGCGCGUAAGGCGAUCGUGGCGCCCGCCACGGUUGGAAGAAUUAUAUGUCCAAACUGUGGAAUAACGGUCAAGCCGCCGAAUGAAAUUUUCAUCGCUCCGGACGACAUGAAGUACUGUCACGAGUGCCAUGUCUGUCGCAACUGCGGGGCACCGUGUUCGCCAGACGACGUGAUCGAAACAUCGGCCGGUCGCAAUUACUGUCCCAAGUGUUUCCCAGCGUGUCCGAAUUGCGACGCGCCGUGCGAACCAGAGGACAUCAUCGAAGGGACGUACUGUCCGAAGUGCCUGCCGUUCUCGUGUCCAAACUGCGACGACACGGACUGCGUUCCCAACGACAUCGUCAAAGGACCAGACGGAAGAGAAUAUUGUCCGAAGUGCCUGCCGUUCUCGUGUCCAAACUGCGAGGACACGGACUGCGUUCCCAACGACAUCGUCAAAGGACCAGACGGAAGAGAAUAUUGUCCGAAGUGUCUGCCGUUCUCGUGUCCAAACUGCGAGGACACGGACUGCGUACCCGAGGACAUCGUCAAAGGACCAGGUGGUAGAAGCUACUGUCCAAAGUGUCUACCGGCGUUCCACUGUCCGAAUUGCGACAGAGAGAUGGAUCCGGAAGACGUCAUGCCCGGUCCCGACGGCGAGGAAUACUGCGCUGUGUGCUAUCCUGAAGAAGAAGGAAAUCCCGAUGACGAGGACGAGACGUACACGGUGCCGGCGUUCUCGGCACCGAAACCCGUCAAGAAGGAACGCAAGCGCGUCGCUCGCGUGCGCAAGAUCACCAAAACCGUCCAAGACGACGAGGGCAUCGCCCGUCCGAAAGCCUUCGCCAGAGCUCCCACUCGAGUCGAUCGUGAAGCCGCCGAGCACGGAGAUCGCCAGCGCGUCGCUCGCGUGCGCACGAUCACCAGAACCGUCCAAGAUGACGAGGGUAUCGCUCGUCCGCGACCGCUCGCUAGCGCUCCCAGCGCCAGAGCUCCCACUCGAGUCGAUCGUGAAGCCGCCGAGCACGGAGAUCGCCCCAACCCCGACGCCGACGCCGGUCCGUCGCACCCGUACGGCUUCGGGCCCAUGGGUCGCUUUUUCCGACGAGGAGGUUAG